ACAAUGGGGAAGCGGACAGCGCAGAGGUAGCUCCGCCGCCGCCGCUCUGCGGGAAGAAAGGAGCAGCAGCUCGGGCUCAGAACUGCCCCCGCGGGCCGGUACAGCAAAAAAAAUACGUUUUUGGAGAAAUCCAGACAGACGGGUUCAGAAGGACUGUCUGAGGACAAGCAAUCAGCUUCACUCAAACCUGCCGUCUCUGAGAUGCGCGACUCAGAAGAAGGGAUAAAUAAGGAGGAAAAAAGACCCUCAGCAGUUUCAGAGCCAACCCAGGAGAUUGAAGCAUCUCAUUCAUCCUCCACAGAGACCAAGAACCCUCAUCCAUCUCAGGCUCUUUCCACAGAGAUGGAGCAGAAGGAGGGCGAGGAAGUAGAUCACAGAGAAACUGAGCUGUCCUGGCCUCAGAAAAGCCCAGAGCACCCUGCUGAGCCGGAGGAGUCGGCCGACAGGAGAGAACAGCCUAACCCUCACUUAAUUCCUGGCAGCCUUGUGAAGGAAAGCUCCGUUAGUCCUUUACGUGAGGCUGAGCGAGCGUCCUCUGUUGUGUCUCCCGAAUUAGAAGCAGAGGGGGAUCCUGACUUUGAGGACGAUGCUCCGGGCGGGACUGGAAACCACCCUUGCCAGCAUUGCGAGCGGCAUUUCUCCACCAAACAAGGUCUGGAGCGCCACGUUCACAUCCACACCAUCGCAAACCACCAGACGCACACGUUCAAGUGCAAAUACUGCACCAAGCCCUUCGGCUCGCAGGUAGGCAGGCGUAGACACGAGAGACGGCACGAAAACAGGAGUAAAACUCUGAAAAGGCCGAGUUCUUCUCUUGCAGGAACAGCUUUUCCCCUGAGUCCCUCCAGGCUUAACGACUCUCCUCCUACCUCCGAUUGUGUAACGUCUCCGAGCCCUACCAUCAUCAUGACUUCUCAGAACGGUCCUCCUCAGCCAGGCUCUGAUACUAAGGAUGCUGGAGCAGACCCUGAACACACCUUCGUCUUAGAUGAAAAUGGGGAAUCAAAGGAAUUGCACCCUUGCAAAUAUUGCAACAAGGCUUUCGGCACGCAUACAAACAUGCGCAGGCAUCAGCGCAGGAUUCACGAACGUCACCUUAUGCCGAAAGGUGUUCGCAGGAAAGGUAUUCUCCUACAGGACAUGCCAUCCCAACAACAUCCAGAGGAAGAAGGUCCGGUCACAGCACAGUCACUCCAGAAGGCGUCGCCAAACGCCAGCCCACCGCCUGUCUACGUACCCAGUGUAGACACAGAGGAUGAGGGCGAACGAGAAGAGGGCAUGGUCAACAUUUCCAAAAACAUCUCCGAGAACCUCAGCCUUUACAUAGAUGGCAAGAUCUUGUCCACAAACACUGUCAGCACCUGUGAAGUGAUCGAGGUCGACUCGAGCACUGCUGCACUGUUCGGAUUAGACACGGUCAUACUGAAUCCCAACCAGAUAAGCCAGGCACUUAAAGUUGAAACGCAACCUUCGCCUGUGAAAGAGGCUUCGGCUACGGUUCCGAAAAGGAGAACUUCCACACCGCCGCUUCUUCCUGCAGUGAAAAUGGAAUCUGAAACUCACCUGCUUUCGUCUGCUGGCACUUCGUCCUGCACUUCCUCUCAAUCGCCUUUAUUAGUUGGCACCGUCCUCCCACAGUCCACAGAGACGUUGGCGUUCCAAAAGGAGAAGACCGUUUAUCUUUCUCCCAAAUUGAAACAGCUCCUGCAGACCCAGGACAGUCAGAAACCAGCUCUUACUCUAAUUGCAGAUAGCCAUAGAUUGACUACUCCACUUUCCGUAACCUCCCUCCCUGCUGCUCAAGGCAGAUUCAAAAGAAGGACCGCUUCCCCUCCGACUCCUGCUCAAAGCAGCUCUUCGCUGAGCCCUGAAAGCUGUUCAAACAUUGAAACGGGGGAUUCAUUUACGCUUAAGGUGCCAAAGGUUGAAAGCCACUGUACGGUCCAGUCCUGGAGUUCACCCAGCAGUGAUCAGAGGGACUCGGUGAGUCCCUGUGGAAAGGACUGGGCUGCUUCCGUAAGUGGAGGCAACUCUUGCAAUCAGCUGCCUCUUGACCUUUCUAGUGCAGUUAGCAAAAAAGACAGCAGGACCUCUAGUAAAGCGUCUGGAGAAUCUGUGCUGGAUUUAAGCCUGCAUCGUAAGGGUGCGGGUGCACCAACAGCUCAACAUGGAAUUUCUUUAGCGCCUCAUGUUAAGAGAAAGAAGCCUAACACCAGCAUGUUGGAGAAAGUUCUUAUGAAUGAGUACGCUGGCCUAAGUGUAGCAGGAGAGGAAGGUUCUACAAGCCUCGACAGUCCAGACGCCGCCAACUCCUCUCCAGGCAGUGAUGCAGGCGUAUCCCCGGCUAGUCCCUCUUCCAAUUCAGAAAACCUUCCUUGUGAAAAUCCUUGUGAAUCUUCGCCUCCUCCUUCCUUGACUCCCGUUACUAUUAAUCCUUCUUCUCCAUCGUCCUCAAGCCUGGCAUCCUCAACGCCUCCUCCUCCAGUUCUGCCAUCUGUCCCUUCACCUCCACCUCUAACUUCUCGCCAAUCUCUGGACUCUUUUCCCAAACUCUCUCCCAAGCCUAUUGACAGUCCCCUAGAGGAGGAAAUGUCCAAAUCCUCGGCAGAAGAAACAAGCCAUGAUCUCAACAUUAAAGACUUCAACCAAACUGCUAAGCAGUUAGACCCCAUGACAUAUGCACUGCCUCAAAGUCCUCAGGGCACAAAAAGACAUUAUAAAGCAGAUUCCUUUUCAAAAUCUGGAACACUACAUAAGGGCUCCCCCAUAAAAACUGCAGAUUAUGCGGUUUCCUCCUGUGAAAAGUAUUCUGACUCUGAAGACAGCCAAAGUAAUUCCUUUGAUGAAAGUUUCCCUCCAGACCUCAACAGCAUUAAAACUGAGGGACGCAAGCAACCUCAAUCCUCUCAUUCUCCUGUACUCUCCACUUCUUCUAAUUCUAAUAAAGAAUCACCCUCUUCUUCUUCUCCUCCUUUUUCUUCUUACAAAGUAGAGGAAGAUUCCCAGUCCUCUACUGCAGGGCCAUCAGCUGAUGAUAUGGUGGUCAAUAAUGAAACUGUUACGAUUGGAAAGGUGGAAAGUGAAAUUGCAGCCAGCACUGAAGAUGUUUCCUCUACUGGAGGAAACGCUGCAGUAAAAACUUUAGACUCUGCAGAGACGGAAACUGAAACAUCAGAGCAGGACACAUUUACCAAGAGCUUUGUGUGCAACGUCUGUGAGCAGCCUUUCCACUCGAUUAAAGAACUCAGCAGCCACAUCAUGCAGCAUGCCGUCGAAUGGCCUUUCAAAUGUGAAUUCUGUGUGCAAUUAUUUCAAAAUUCUUCAGCUCUUCUGGAGCAUCGCUCCUCUCUCCACGGUGUUGGGAAAAUUUACAUUUGCUCUGUCUGUUCAAAAGAGUUUGCUUACCUUUGCAACCUUCAGCAACACCAGAGCGAUCUGCACCCCGGACAGAGCUGUGCUCAUACAUCUGUAGAAAACGGCAAGCUGAGACCGCAGAAUUACACAGAUGCUGCAAAUAUGCAGGCAAUUAUUGAGAGAAAUUCCUUGCAUUCAACCACUGACACAUCUGUGGAUGAUGACCCUCAGGAUUCCUCCGAGGUGUGUAGUGAUAAAGACAUUAAAAAGGAAAACGGUGAUGAUCUAACCGGACAAGAGGAUCCCACAGAAGAGCUGUACACUACAAUAAAAAUAAUGGCCUCAGAGGCCGGAAAGCCUAAAGGCCCAGAUGUGCGUCUCGGCAUUAAUCAACACUACCCCAGCUUUAAGCCUCCACCCUUCCCCUACCACAACCGAACAUCUGCUGCCAACGUAGCAUCUGCAACCAACUUCACCACACACAACAUCCCUCAAACGUUUAGCACGGCCAUCAGGUGCACAAAGUGUGGUAACAGCUUCGACAACAUGCCCGAACUCCACAAACACAUCUUAGCCUGUGCUAAUGCUAGUGAUAAGAGGCGCUACACUCCCAAGAAAAACCCCAUUCCUCUGAAGCAGAUCGUGAAGAAGCCUCAGAAUGGUGUCAUGCUGCUGUCAACUGCUGCAACAGCUGCCGGCGGUCAAAAUGCCUUCCGCAGGAUGGGUCAACCCAAGCGGCUCAACUUCAACCAGGAGAUACCCGCCAAGAUGAAGAUGACCGCCUUGAACAAAAAGAAGAACCAGCUUGUCCAGAAGGCGAUAUCUCAGAAGAACAAGACUGCCGCUGCUGCGUCUGCAAAGAAGGCUUCUGUACAAGUUAAGGAGGAGCAGCAACCAAGCAGCGUCUGCCCGUACUGCAAUCGCGAAUAUACGUACGCUGCCAGCCUUGCGAAGCAUGUCGCAGGCAGCUGUCCUCAGAAACCAGCUGCUAAGAAAAAGCAAAAAACACCAACCCUCAAAGACAAAAAUGUGAAUCUUCGGACUCGAGUCACGGACUCUGAAAUCAAACAAGAACCUGAGGCCAACCAGGUCACGACCGGGCGUCCUCAGGGGAAAUCACGGGCGCGGAACACAGAAACCGUAGAGAUUGAGUUGGCUACACCAGCUAAGGAAGGGAAGGAAAGCAAAGGAAAAGCGGGGACGUCUCAGGCUCGUUCCUCCAAAAGACCUGCAGCCUCUACUGCCUCCAGUAACACAGACAACUCAGCACCCAAAAGCAAGAAGGGCAGAAAGAGUGGCAGCAGCGUUCAGCCCGUAACCCCGCCCUCCUCAUCGCCGCCUGCUGUUGUGAAUGAGCCUGCGGCACGGACAACCACAAAAACUCCACGUGUUACAAAAGAUAAAGAAAAAGGUAAAGAGAAAGAGAAAGACACUGUGGUCCCAAAGAAGGAGACUGAAACCAAAUCGCAGGUCCAGACCAAGAAAGAGGAGCGUUUCUCUAAGAGGACGCCGCGGGAGCGAGUGGGCGGUCCUGUCACCCGCAGUCUGCAGAGUUCCAGCGGGGAGGUGAAGAACGAAGACCAGCAUAAAGAACCUGGGGAUUAAAAGGAAUCCCUGUGGAAGGACUGGAGGUAAAGCGCAGUGGACUGACUGUAGUUAGUGGCUGCAGGAUUUGCUGGCGAGAGAAGUGCUGGUGAACCGGAUCUGGUUGAAUUAUUCGAUUUAUUAGGGUCGAACCAGAUUACCGAUAACGGAACAGGAGCAUGUUCUAAAUGCACUUUUCUAUAAAACGAGACGAGCCUUUUUUUGUUGGACAUGCAACCCCCCCAAAAAACAAUGGAAAAAAAGAGGACUGUAGAUGAUUCUGAUGAUGAUCUAUGUGUCUCUUAAAGUAGAGGUGGGUAAUCUGGUCCAAUUGUGAUUGGGUUCCAUCUACUUGGACAGAACUGGAUCCGGAUCUCCCUCCUCUAAAUCUAAAGUCUAAUAUUAUAUCUAAUAUUUCUUUAUUUACAAUAAAUAAGUAACAGCCCCGUGUUUCCCUUAAGAGUGAUGAGGCUGAUUGUAUUGCAACAGGCAAUCAUACAUCAGUUGUUAACACAACCAACCGUUUUUGGUAUUCCUUACUUAUUUCUUUCUCUCUUUUUUUU